UUUAUUUCUAGACGAUAUAUAAACUUUUUACAGUAAUUCUUUUGACUUGCGUAGUUAAACCUGCCAAAUCGUUUUACUCUCCUUCCGUUUAUGUUCUUUUCAUUAAAGUAAGCAUCAAAAUGCAGAAGGUACCACGAGAAGCUAAAACUAAAAAGGAGCCAAUCCAUUCUGUUCAAGUAUUUGGCAGAAAAAAAUCAGCAACCGCUGUUGCAUAUUGUAAACGCGGUCGUGGAAAUUUACGUGUAAAUGGACGUCCCCUAGAAAUGGUAGAGCCCCGUAUGCUCCAAUAUAAAUUACAGGAACCAAUUCUCUUAUUGGGAAAGGAAAAAUUUGCUGGUGUUGAUAUCAGAGUACGAGUAAAUGGUGGUGGUCAUGUUUCACAAAUCUACGCCAUCAGACAAGCUAUCUCGAAAGCUUUAGUAUCAUACUAUCAAAAAUAUGUUGACGAAGCAUCCAAAAAAGAAAUUAAAGAUAUUUUAAUUCAAUACGAUCGUACAUUACUUGUAGCAGAUCCUAGACGUUGUGAACCAAAGAAAUUUGGUGGUCCAGGUGCUCGUGCAAGAUAUCAAAAAUCUUACCGUUAAGUUCAUAUGUGCACUUUAUUGUGUUUAUUUGUAAAAUAAAUUAAAAAAAACUCAACUUUA